CCGUCAUCACGCGUGUGCAGUCUGCACAUGUGUACGACGUGCAAUUCACCGACGACAGCGAAGAAAUGACACACGUCCCGCGUGUGUGCAUUCGAUCACCAGGCGAUCACACCGCCCCCAACACGUGUCUUGCGUGCCUCCUCUCUGACUUCUUCUCGGAAAUGUACACUGGAAACCGUCAGCAGCUUGCGCCGACGAACAUGCUCUAUGCUGUGUGGAAGCACCUGCGCCAACUGGCCGGGUAUGCGCAGCACGACUGCCACGAGUUCUUCAUCGCACUCCUCGACCGUCUUCAUCGACACCUCCGCCCGCCAGACGAACCCAUGCACCUGUUGUCGAAGCAGCCCUCUGUCGUGCGAUCCGUGUUCACGGGCCUCAUGCAGAGCGAUGUGAUCUGUAGGCGCUGCGACAAUGUCUCGUCCACACACGAGCCCUUUUACGACAUCUCACUCGGCAUCAGACCUUCAACCCACGAUUCGCCAACCUCGCUGGUGUCGCUGCGUGGAUGCCUCGCGCGCUACACGUCGCCAGAGGAUUUGGGAUCCGAUGCCCGCGUGUUUUGCCCCCGCUGCCAAGCGCGCCAGCUCGCACAGAAGCGCCUGAUGAUUGCGCAACCGCCGAAGACGCUGACAUUCCAUCUGAAACGCUUUGAGCACAUUCCUCGCCUGCAGAAGAUUACAACUUUUGUCGAGUUUCCUACAUCGAUCGACAUGCGUCCGUAUCUGGUGCAGAGUGGAGGCGGUGCACACACGGCCGCAAUGGCCCACAGCGCCCAUGCUCCCAUCAUGUACUCGCUGUACUGUGUGGUUGUGCACAUUGGCAAGAUUGAGUCUGGUCACUACAUCUGCUACAUUCGCCUCAAUCACCCGCACGAGCAGUGGGUUUGCUGUGACGACGACACGCUGACGCCCGUGACGGCGGCGGAGGUGCUGAGCAAACCGGCGUACAUGCUGCUCUACAUGAAGGACGAGCUCUGAAAUCGCGGGUGCAGCUCUUUCCUCUCACUUGUGGGCCAGCGCGUACGCGUUGGCGCUCAUGUAACCAACACUCGGCUUCAUUCAUUAACGAAUCACCUCCAACGCACACACAUGUGCGUACAUGUGUGUCUGUGAUUGCCAGCAUUGCUCGCACGCGUGAUUGCACGUGUGCAGGUGCUGUGAUCCUACUUUGUCGUUGUAUCUAUGAAACUUGUAUUGCGUACGUGUGUGUGUACGUGUGUGUUCUUAAUCUGCCCCUGGUGAUUUUCAUCAUCACUGACUCCUAACUGUUGUUGCUCGCACGAUAGAGAAUAAAUUAUCAAAACACUGCCA